UGAAGACCGUUGUCUGAAGUUCCCAUGUCGGCCAUGGCGAGUGUGGCCACCGUGCCUGUCUCGUUCGGCACACAGCAGCCGGAUGGGAGCACCUUCUAUGGAAGCUUUGAGGCACAGACCACCUACCCCAGUCGGGGUAGCUUCAUGCCUCCUUCACCGCCGCCUCCAGCCCCCCGCGCCCUCUCACGUCCUCGUGUGAGUGGAGUGCAGUCGCCAUUGCCUCCCUUGGUGCAGCCCAAAGGUGAUGUGGCCCCCAUGCUGCCUGAGCGCAGCCCCUGUGGCCCGAUGAAGUCCUUGGAUCCUCCCGGCCUCAUCGCAGCAGGCAUUCCGUGGCUGGACUCUUUAAGUCCUUGGCAGCCGACCCGACCACCUUCGCCGAUGCCGGUGGCACGCGCAAGGAGUGUCUCGCCCUGUCCCAGCCCCAUCCAUCGGGUGGUGCGUACGACGCGGCACGCCGCACCAUGCGCCUCUUGCUGCCGCGCGCCAGUGCCGAUCCUGCCCAGCACUGCCCGGAGUAUCACGCGCAUGGUCACGACUCCCAGCCAACCUCCGGUCCGGAGUUACAGCCGAUCUCCAUCCCCGACGACGCGCUUGCCUUCGCCGGACCUGCGGGGCGCUCACCGCGCUGUGGACGCGCCGCUGCCGCCCGCCUCGGCGAGGAGACGUAGGAAGUUGAAGACGGCAUCUCACAGCGAAGUAGAGGCAAAGGUUGAUGGCUUGGAAGAGAUCAGGCGUUGGGAGGCUCGAUUAGGAGCUGGCCCUGAGCACAGGGGUAGUUCGGACACCAGCACGGACGCGACCUCCAGUGUGCCAUUGAGUCGACUGGAACGGCACGUCUUUCGACGGAAGCUCUUUGCUCAAGAGCUGGCGCAGAUCGAGCGCUUGCUGUCCGAUGAGGGGGACCUGCGGAGCGCUGCGGCACAGG